CUGAUCCAAAGUGAUGUCGGAUCCGGAAUCGAUGGAUGUCUCUGAUACUUGCAUUGGAAGUUCCCAGUUCAAGACAUCAUUGGAGAGGAUCCGCACCGUUUGACUUGGUAUCGACAACGACCAAAUUGUCGUGCACUUGAUCGGACGGUCCUGAUCGAAAGCGACGGUCGGGUCCCGAAUUGUUGUUGGACGUCUCUGAUACUGGCAUUGGAAGUUCCCAGUUACAGACAUCGUUGGAGAGGACGGCAUCGGUCAACUCGCUUCAUCUCUGAUUGCUGCGCUUGUUAUGCAAUUGAUCUUACGGUCCUGAUCCCAAGGGAUGGUCGGCUCUGAUACGCGUACUGGAAGUUCCUAGUUGCAGACAUCAUUGGAGAGGAUUCGCACCGUUUGACUGGGUAGCUCGACAACUCCAGCCAACCUUCGCCGUAUACCUCGGGGACCGCCGCUACCCCCGAGAUGGAUACCUUAUUCCGGACGCCGAAUCCUCUCACCCGCAGCGAUCGCGUUCGCUCGUCGAGGGAUCGAGGAUGGAUAUGGUAUCCGGGCGGAUACCCACCACGGGACGCGAUAUUCCACCGUUCCCCCCGGGGCGCCGCUCCCUGCUGAACCAGUCCACGUCCAGAGAAGCAUCGACGAAAUUUCUCUGCUCUUUAAAUUAUGGCAACUACUCCAAUACUAUAAUGCUUGGUGGCAGUUAAUCGCCUUCUCAAUGACGCCAAGAAAGUAAACCUCCCAGCGAGUGGAGGACGACUUCUUCUCGAUCGCAGACCAGGAGGAGGUACGCUAUGGCUUUCCUUCUCGAUUUGGCUUAGAGUUCGGUUCCUUCUUGUCAUGCGUUGGAUUUCGGUUUGAUCUCCCCUUUCUUGUUUUCUUGGAUGGGUUCGGCUGUCAAAUUGUUUUCUUUGGAUGGGUUUGCCUAUUAAGUUGUUUUCUUGGAUCGUAUGUGGAUCAACAGAGGAGGAUUUAGAGCCGACUCGGUAGAUUUCUUUCCCCAUGUGGACUUCUUUGGAGCCGGAGUUUCUUGAUCGUUCUGGUUUAAGAUUUGUUUUGUCGUUAAUUCUGUUUGUAACAUGGGAUUUAAAGCUCUAAAUUUUCUCUACCUUUGUGGAGUCAUGUUUGUCGCUGGAGGUCGAUUUCCUUCUCGAGAUCUUCCCGUGGACCUUUCUGAGUUGAAUAUGCGUGAGAACAGCCUGUAGUUCUUGUUCUUGCUGCUUUCCACUACUUCUUGAAAAAGGCUGGCGAUUAGUUUAGUCUGUGCAAUAGAUGCUGGUGUUCGUGAUCAUGAAAUUCAGUUCUCUUUAGUAGGCACUGCACUACAAUUAAGCUGAAGCUAUGAAUCAUCGGGAGGAUAAAUUUGUGAGGUUUCAUGACUGGAGUUCAGAGCAAUCCCUGGAUUCAGAAAGGGCUUUUUUAGGCAGAAAACAGAGAAGUCUUAGUUCAGUAAAAAGGAUUUUUCAAGGAGGAUUUGAUUGGGUUAGAAGCAUUUUUAAGUUUCAGUCUUCUACAAAUUCAUCUGCGGGGGUACCAAAGUCUAAAAAGAAAAUUCUAGAUCCUCAAGGACCGUUUCUUCAAAGGUGGAACAAAAUAUUUGUCAUAUCCUGCAUAGUUGCUGUGUCUGUGGACCCCUUGUUCUUCUACAUUCCAGUUAUUGAUGGUGACAAUAAUUGUCUUUAUUUGGAUAAAAAACUAGAAAUUGCUGCAAGUGUACUGCGGUUUUUCACAGAUAUCUUCUACUUGGUCCAUAUUGUUUUUCAAUUUCGAACUGGGUUCAUCGCUCCUUCAUCUAGGGUAUUUGGAAGGGGAGUUUUGGUCAAAGAUUUGUCAGCAAUAGCCAAGCGAUAUUUAUCAUCAUAUUUCCUAAUUGACAUUCUUGCUGUUUUUCCACUUCCACAGAUUAUGAUAUUGCUCAUAAUACCCAAACUUGAAGGUUCAGCACUCCUGAAUGCAAAGAAUGCACUGAUGUUUGCUGUUAUAUUCCAAUACGUGCCAAGAGUUCUUAGGAUCAUACCAUUGUAUCUUGAAGUUACAAGAUCUGCUGGUAUAAUUGCUGAAACAGCAUGGGUUGGAGCUGCUUUUAACCUUUUACUUUACAUGCUUGCAAGUCAUAUACUGGGAGCAUUUUGGUAUUUUCUUUCUAUAGAACGUGAAGGCACUUGUUGGGGAAAAGCUUGUGCCCAACAUGAUUGCAAAAUUGACUCUUUAAUCUGUGGACAGCAAAACAACCAGAAUAAUGGUUUCCUGGGAGGUGAUUGCCCUAUAAGUCCCAAAAAUGGGACUAUCUUUGACUUCGGAAUAUAUCUACAAGCUCUGCAAAAUGUUGUUCGAUCAGAAAAGUUCUUGGAGAAGUUUUUUUAUUGCUUUUGGUGGGGGCUUCAAAAUCUAAGUUCUCUUGGACAAAACCUUAAAACAAGCACUUACAUUUGGGAGAAUAUUUUUGCUGUUUGUGUUUCCAUCUUUGGCUUAGUUCUGUUUGCGCUUCUCAUUGGCAAUAUGCAGACAUAUCUACAAUCAACUACUGUCAGAAUAGAAGAAAUGAGAGUAAAAAGGAGAGAUGCAGAGCAGUGGAUGUCUCACCGAUCCCUUCCUGAGAGCCUAAAGGAGAGAAUACGCCGUUAUGAGCAGUAUAGGUGGCAAGAAACAAGAGGAGUAGAUGAAGAGCAUCUUCUUCAUAACCUUCCUAAAGACCUUCGAAGGGAUAUAAAGCACCAUCUCUGCUUAUCACUCCUCAAGCGGGUUCCGAUGUUUGAGAAGAUGGAUGAUCAACUCAUCGAUGCCAUGUCUGAUCGUUUGAAACCAGUUUUAUACACUAAAUGCAGCUGCAUCGUUCGUGAAGGAGACCCAGUAAAUGAAAUGCUCUUUAUUAUGCGAGGAAAGCUAGAGAGCAUGACCACUAAUGGUGGAAGAACUGGAUUUUUCAAUUCAGACAUUCUGAAGGCUGGAGAUUUCUGCGGGGAAGAGCUUCUGACCUGGGCUCUAGACCCUUACUCAUCAUCCAGCCUCCCUAUCUCGACAAGGACAGUUAAGACACUAUCUGAAGUCGAAGCUUUUGCUCUGAUGGCUGAUGAUCUGAAGUUUGUUGCUACACAAUUCAGAAGGCUGCAUAGCAAACAACUGCAGCAUUCAUUUAGAUACCAUUCGCAGCAAUGGAGGACAUGGGCUGCUUGUUUUAUACAGGCAGCUUGGCGUAGAUACUCGAGAAAGAAGCUUGAAGACUCUUUGCAUGAAAAGGAGAAAAGGUUGCAGGCUGCAAUGGUCAGCGGCGGUGCUAGUUCACCGAGCCUUGGCGCCGCGCUGUACGCUUCGAGGUUUGCAGCGAAUGUGCUGCGCAACUUGCGCCGACACAAGAGCAGGAAGGCCCCUCCUUUGAUGCUAUUGCAGAAGCCAGCAGAGCCUGAUUUUUCUGCUGAAUAAGCAUUGGUGCAUAGCCUCCCGCCGAAUUGUUCUUCUUGCUCCUAGUUACUACCGUACUCGUGCCUUUCCAAAAUUUUUUUUU